GAACCAUCAGCCCUCUUCUGUACUUUUUCCACCCUUUUUCAUGCCUGUUUCAUGUUUUUUCCAUGCCUUCUCAGCAAAUCUUUUGAAGCUCUAUUUUUGUCCCUUCUUCCUGCUUCAUUUGCGGAAAAUGAGCUGGUCUGGAGGAGAUUGGAUGUGUGGUGUUUGCCAGCACAUAAAUUUCAAAAAGAGGGAAGGAUGCCAGAGCUGUGGAUACCCCAAGUAUGGGGAACCUGACCCUUCAACCUACAGAUACAACAGGACUGAAGCUUUGGCAGGGGACUGGUUCUGCAACUGUGGAGGUCACAACUAUGCCAGUCGAUCAAGGUGCUAUAAAUGUGGUGCAGUCAAAGAUCAUUACUCUUCGGUAUAUGGAUCUGACACUUUCCCCCCAGGAUGGAAGACUGGAGACUGGCUUUGCCCAAGAAUAGGCUGUGGAGGGCAUAAUUAUGCUAGCAGAGAAGAAUGCUUUAAAUGCCAAAUGCCUAGGGAUUUUGACUAGAAGAAGAAAUUUCAGAUGACCAGCAACAUGAAUGAUUACCCUCAACUUUCUUCUUCAACGACAUUCUAUGAUAAAUCAUGGAUC